AGACCGCGCGCGCGCUAAAAUAGGUUGCGUUGAAUUUUUCAUACAUUGAAAUAAAGUAGUGUCGUCUGCUACUAAGUUCUACAGGUUUCUGUUGGACUGCUAAUACUUGGAGGAUAAAUUCUAGUCAAAUAUAACUCUUGAGCCGCCUAUUUCUUAUAAGCUUUGAUCUGUGUGAGGUUAACGACAUGUCAAAUUUUUAUGUCGUGAAUCCGUAAAAAGAUUUCAGUGCUAGUUUUCGGUGGCUUAGUGCGAAAUUUCAUUCUAUCCGUAGAAAGACCUUCAAGUUGUCAGUUUUCACUAUGCUGACGGGCCGUAACCGUCAGUUACUUAACCGACAGUAACAGCAUAGAGUGACUCCAUGGUAACAGGUGUCUUUGACAACUUUGUUCCAGUUCACCCACACGCAUCGCCCGACGCGGCCAGCCGUACGAACAUGCCCGGUGGAACCCUGCAGCCCUUCUGGGGCCAGAAGACCUUCUGCGUGCUGACCGGAGGCAGCCAGGGCAUCGGGAGGCGAUUUGCCAUCGAGUUUGGACGCAAAUUUGGCAAGGAGUCAGUGCUCCUGCUUCUUGCCCGCAACGCGCAAGGUCUUCAGGAGACAAGAGCAAAGGUGCUGGAAGCAAAUCCAGACAUCACCGUUGUCUGCAUUCCAACUGACCUGGCUAAAGGGGGUGCUGAGCUGUUCAGGAGCGUCAUUAUCAAUGGUUUGGGUGAAGCCAAGGCGGCACCAGGAGAUUUUCAGCUGGCCUUCAUUGUCCACAAUGCUGGGUCUUUGGGCAAUGUUGGUCCUGGAGUGGCGGAAAUGAAUGACAGUGAGGAAUGGAGUGAGUUCCUCACCCUCAACAUUACUUCCACUGCUGUUCUCAACUCAGAGUUUCUGAAGGUUUUCCCUGAAAACUCUGUCCCCAACAGAACUGUGAUCAAUAUAACUUCUUUGUGUGCUAUUCAGCCAUUUAUAUCUAUGGGACAGUAUUGUGUUAGUAAAGCUGCACGAGAAAUGUUUUUCAAGGUCCUUGCAGAAGAGAACCCAUCACUGGAUGUUUUGAGUUAUUCACCAGGUCCUGUUGAUACUGACAUGACAGUCAGCAUAAUCAACAACACUCGUGAUGCUAAGGCUCGUCAAAUCUUCAUUGAUAUGAAAGAAAAGAAAACCAUUGUGACAUGUGAACAAACCACGGAGAGAGUUAUGCAGGUACUUUCAAAUAAGAAAUACAAGUCGGGUCAGAGAGUUGAUUAUUUUGAUGAAGGGUACUGAUAUUAUGGCCAUACUAUAGGAGAUUAGGGCUGGAUGGUCCAAAUAGUGAAGCUCUCUUUCAUUUAGUUCAUGAUUUACUUUAGUUGUGGAACAGAUCUAAGUUUUAGGAAACAAGACUAGAUGGAUAAAAUAUCCUUUGUUGCAUUCUAUUCUUAAGCUAAUACAAUUAUAUGUUUAUAUUUUAUUUAUUUUAAAUAUUUGCAUUGUUUUUUACUCUUUUUACGGGCAGAUAGGUAUAGUUCAUAAAAUCUCAAUUUUAAUUUUCAAAAAUAAAUGUAAGAAUUUACUUGUAUCAAAACACAAGCCAUAAGCCAAUAAAAUGUUAUUGCUUUAA